AUGACUGGCCAAGAUCUACCCCUCCAAAACGGCACCGUGCCCCUGGUUGAAAAGCGCGGGUUUGGCACGCUGGCCGUCCACGCUGGAUCGCCUCAUGAUCCGGUCACUGGCGCUGUUAUCGAGCCGAUCUCCCUCUCCACUACCUUCGCCCAGACUAGUGUCGGAAGCCCUGUCGGCCUCUAUGAAUACACGCGGAGUUCGAAUCCCAACCGGGAUAAUUUCGAGCAGGCCAUCGCCGCCCUUGAGCACGCCAAAUAUGCCCUUGCCUUCUCUUCUGGCUCUGCCACCACCGCCGUGGUUCUUCAGUCGCUAGCAGCGGGCUCGCAUGUCGUCUCCGUUUCAGAUGUCUAUGGUGGUACUCACCGGUAUUUCACCAAGGUCGCAGCGGCGCACGGGGUACAUGUGACAUUCUCGCCGUGCAUUGAGCUGAACGUGGAAGAAUUGAUCCGCCCCAACGAGACCAAGCUGGUGUGGAUCGAGACCCCGUCUAACCCGACGCUGGGUCUGGUGGAUAUUAGCAAAAUCGUCGGGGUUGCUCAUCGUCAUGGCAUCUUGGUGGUUGUCGACAACACCUUCAUGAGCCCGUAUGUCCAGAACCCUCUGGACCACGGAGCGGAUAUCGUUGUUCACUCGGUGACUAAAUACAUUAACGGACACUCGGAUGUAUUGAUGGGCGUGGCAGCGUUCAACUCCGAUGCUCUCAAGGAACGCCUCACCUUCCUUCAGAAUGCCAUUGGAGCGGUCCCAUCGCCGUUUGACUGCUGGCUUGCUCACCGUGGUCUCAAGACCCUGCACCUGCGCGCUCGCGAGGCGACCAAGAACGCAACCGCCGUUGCACAUACGCUCGAGGCCUCGGAGCAUGUCAUCUCAGUAAACUACCCCGGCAUCGACUCCCACCCGCAGCGUGCCAUCGCCGUCAAGCAGCACCGUGACGGGAUGGGCGGAGGCAUGCUCAGUUUUCGCAUCAAGGGAGGCCAGGAGGCCGCCCACUUGUUCUGCAAAUACACCAAGAUCUUCACUUUGGCUGAGAGCUUAGGUGGGGUCGAGAGUCUAUGCGAGGUCCCUUCCAGCAUGACCCAUGCAGGUAUCCCGAAGGACCAGCGUGAGGCUGCCGGUGUGUUUGACGAUCUGGUGCGCAUGAGCUGCGGUGUCGAGGACGCUGAGGACCUCAAGGCGGACGUGCUCCAAGCGCUGAAACUGGCUGUUCUUCCUGCAGUUUCCAAUGGAACUAAUGGAAGUGCAUAG